UUGGUUCACGGCACCCCACGUCACGUGGCGCCUUACUUCCGGCGGCGGGGGUCAGUCAGCUGGAGGGAGGGAGACAAGACAAGAUGGCGGCUGGCGAGGAGCAGCCAGUGUCGCCGAGCUGUUGCUGCCCGCCUUCCCCGGGCGGCGGCGACCACGACCACGACCACGGUGAGGACGAGCCGCGAUGAUCACCGCCCCCGACGUAGUGGCCCUGGCCCGCCAGGAGGACGGGGAAGGGGAGAGGGGGGAGGAGGAAGAGCGGCCGGCGCCUCCCUUCCACUUCCAGCCCCACAACCCCUGGGCCGGGGCCGCCGCCGCCACCGCCACUUUGCUGAAGGAUUUCAUUCUCAUUUCCGAGUUUUCCGAGCAGGUAGGCCCUCAGCCGUUGCUAACCAUCCCGGACCAUGCCCGCGGCGACUUUGACCUCAACUAUUUCUCUCUCAGGAUCAUGUCUGUGGAUUACCAGGCCUCGUUCGUGGGCCACCCUCCCGGCACCAGCUACCCCAAGCUCAACUUCGUGGAGGACUCCAAGGUGGUGCUCGGCGACUCCAAGGAAGGAGCCUUCGCCUACGUCCACCACCUGACCCUCUACGACCUGGAAGCCAGGGGCUUCGUCCGCCCUUUCUGCGUCGCCUACAUCUCCACGGAUGAGAACAAGAUCAUGCAGCAGUUCCAGGAGCUCUCGGAUGACUUCUCCAGAGCCUCCGAGUGCCUGAAGACCGGCAACAGAAAAGCGUUUGCCAACGAGCUGGAAAAGAAACUUCAGGACCUGGAGUAUACCCGGAAUGUGCUGCACAAUGAAACAGAAAUCCAGAAAAAGUCAAACGAUAAAGGAUAUUACUCUUCGGUUGCGAUAGAGAAGGCGAAUGAACUCGCCAAUGUGGAGAAAUGUAUAAUCGAGCAUCAAGAUCUCCUGAUGCAGAUCAGAAAUUAUUCAUACAAAAAAACGAGGGAUGCCAGCUAUUUUACACACGAGCCAGAUAAUGGUACGGAACAUUCUGAGUCUGGGUUGGAGGAAAUGCAAAAUAGGGGCGAGUCGUCUGAAAAAAAUAGUUUAUCCGAUGGAAGAUCUUACAUACCUAAAUUUACAAAAACUAAAUCUGCAAAAUGCUUUGAAAAGAAACUGAAAACCCUGGAAGAACUUUGUGACAGCUACUUUUUUAAUCAAACCUUAGAACAACUUAGGCAGGUGGAGAAAUUCUUCAGGGGGGAUGUAUGCUAUCUCCUUACCAGUCAAAUUGAAAAGGUGCUCCUGCAACAACAACGGACAACUUAUUUUCUCUUUGAAGACUCGCUACUCUUCACUGAUGAAGAACAAGCUGAAAAAGAACAGCACUGUGAAAAACCCCUACCUUGUUUUAAUCUUAUCAAUGCUAAAGUUUUGGACCACCCUUGUCUAUCAACUGAAGCGGCAAGCUGUGAUUCGUACAAGUCUUGCGUGGAGUCUGUAUCCAUUAAACUGGAUCCUCAAAUUAGCGUAGACAGUUAUUGUGGGUCUAUGUCUGAUUCCGUUCCAUUCAAAAGUCUCUUUGGAACUUCGGACUAUCUUGAAUUGGAAGGGAAAGAGAAAGGAAGUAUUAGUAGUGGUGAAAGCAUUGAGGUCCUGCGUACAGAAAAAUCCUCCUCGACCCCAAUAUCAUCCAAAUCUGACAACCAGACAGACACGCAGCGCCAGCAUCUGCACGUUGUGCAGCGGAAGUUUGUUGGUACUAGGAGGGCGAACAGCGAGGACAGCAUUGAGGUACUAAGUACCACUGAAUCACUGAUACCCGAAGACCUGAAAGCCGCCUAUCCAAAUGCAAUCCAUGAAGAAGAAGCACCUUUAGAAAAUGAAACAAUUGGGCUGAGCACAGAUCUUGUGGAGCCUGAUGCAAAUCUAAACCAUACUAAUGGGUUUAGCAACACAAAUUUUGAAACUGGAACCAUUAAUUUCUCUGCGUUAUCUGAGCCCGUUGACCCUUCUUGUUGUAUUGGGAAAGAGAGCCCACAUUUUAAUAAGUCUGUACCUACAUUUGUAACCGAAGAGUACAGGGAUGGGGUUGUCAAUGUUCCACCACAGCGCAGCAAAACCAUCAGUCACCUAUUCCACAGUGAUUACCCACUGCAAGAAGGGGGAGGUGGAUCGGAUAAUGCUGCAGAUCAAGUAUUCUCUCCCUGUGAAAAGGAAUACAGUGAUCUACCCGGUGCUGAAGAAAUGGCUCGGCUUCCAGUGGAUGAGUAUUUGGACAACAUGAGCUACAUAAGUGCAUCUUUAUAUUCUGAUCGGACUCCAUCUCCAGCCCUCCCAACCAGUCCGUCAAAGAGGCUCUCUGAAAGACGCAAGAAGCAUUCGGGGAAGAAUUCUCUGUGGUUUAUACGGCAAUAUUCUUUUGCACAGCAGGCAAUAUUUUCACUGCUGUCUGGGCGGACCCUUGUGGUGGUUGGUGAGCACGAAGGGAAAGUCAAGAAGCUUGUCAAUGCCUUGUCAAUAUUUGUCCCCAGUCAUGGCAGAGGUGCAGAUUCUGUGAAGCAAUGGGUAACGCUUCCUUUGCACGUGGAUGACUUGCAGACUUGGAAACUCAUUGGACUUCAGAGAAUAGCUUCUCCUCUGGGCACCAGUAUGCUGCACUCGCUGAAUCGCUAUAGACGCUAUGUCACCAUUCUGGACUGCGACAACAAAACGCUGCAUUGCCCGCAGUAUAAAGGACAGCUGAUUACCCGAAUGGCCGACCAUAGGACUCAGAUAAAGAGGGGCAGCACUUACUACAUGCACGUUCACAGUAUGCUGACCCAGCUCAGUUCCCAAGCUUUCCUCUACACCUUCUGCCAUCACCUGCAUCUUCCCAUCGACGAGAGGGAGAGCGAAGAUUCAGUCACCUGUCGCAGAGUAAACUUUUUAAAGCAUCAUCUGGGGCUGGUGAAUGAUGACAGCAAAAUAGUGCAAUACUUUGCAGAACUGAUCAAGAUGCACUACCUGCACGAACCUCCAAAGGGCUUGAAUCCGCUUCUGCGGUUUCACUACGACCCUAGUGUGGUGUUUAAGAUCUAAUGCUGCAACUCUCUCCGAUUCAAAGCUGAAUUUUUAUCACGCACUUCGGUCAGAGAAAAGCAUGACCUCCUUCCAUUUGUUUCUCCCUGCGAUGUUGUACCAUCACCCGUGUUGUACAAAAGGGGCAGCAGUCUGGCUGUGUCAAGUCAUGGACAUGUGAGCAUUUUUUAACUUGCAGAUCAAUGAGUCAAACUAUGGCAAGAGUGAAUCAAGAAUUUACAGAUCUAGCAGGGCAGCACAGUGUGCAGCUGUGGAGUUGCUGACUUACAGCAGCAGCAAUAGAGUUGCUGCCUUGCAGCGCCAGAGACCCGGGUUUGAUCAGAGUACGGGUGCUGACUGUACGGAGUUUGUACAUUCUCCCUGUGGCCACGUGGGUUUUCUAUGGGUGCUCCCACACUACAAAGAUGUGCAGAUAAUUGCAGGAUAAUUGGCUGGUAAAAUUGUAAAUUGUCCUUUAUGUGUAGGAGAAUGCUUCUGCAUGGGGGUGAUCGCUUGUCGGCGUGGACUCGGUGGGCCGAAGGGUCUGUUUCUGCGUUGUAUCGCUAAAUCUUAAGCGCACUGAAUUACCUCCAGUUCAGUAUACAGGAUCAUAUUUCUAAAUGAUCUAACGCGUUGGGUAGGGUGAGAAAUGAUCUGAGGACAAAGCACGAAGGAAUGGGAUAUACCCAAGUGCAUGGUUAAGGCGAGUUUUUUGGUAUCUUGUUCCAUUUCCUGCUAUCCUAGACGGGAUGGUGUUUGACGUGGACUGCGUGCUGGUAAGAACUAAACCAAAUCAAGGUGAACUAAGAGGCUCAGAAACAUCACCCGGUGAUCUAUCGUGUGUUACACCUCCAUGUUGCUGAACUAAUACCCAGUGCGCGUCUGCAUUUUGGCUAAUUUCUGGGUGAUAGGUUGCGUUGCGACAAUAUUGUUAUGAACCAGAUUAUCUGUAGUUGUAAAAGUUGUGAAUAGAUCCAAAGUGGAUCUUGUCCAGAAAGUAAAUUCAGCUUUUUAAUAUGUCCAAUCGCUGGUGAAGGAUUAGAAUGAUACGGCUGCGUACAUUGUAGUGUUAUAGCAAGGUUUUCUUCAUAUUUGACAUUGUUAAUGUUUAACGGAGAAAAUCCACGUUACGAAUGGUCGGCUACUUGCAUGCUGUCAGGGUGGCCCCAAGUUCCAUACGGGUUUCCCAUUGCCGGCAGUGGGAAGCCUAGUUUACAAAGAUAACUAUUUCCGUAGGUGUGCGUGGGGAUUAACGGAGAGGAGGGGAUGGGGGAGAGCUAGCAUGAAACACAUCUGUGUAUGUCUGCACCGGCUUUAAUUGUUGCAUUUGUAUCAGGGUGUUGCAAUUCCCCCUUGAUGUUCCACCAGCGUUUCCACAAAGCUCAAGGGGAAAUGAAACUUCAAGUCUUGCAGAAAUUUGGAUUUUAAAAGGGAAAACAAAAAUAGCUUCUGACUGGUGAUUGUUCAUGGCUUGCUGUAAUUGGGGGAAGAAAUGGCGCGGUCUACAUUGCCACACGACAAAUUCUACAUUUUGCCAAUUGCAGCGAAGAUGGGAAUUAGAAAGUUGGUUUUGCCGUAAGAACUAAGGAAGGGAAUUAAAAAGAAUCAUUCUGAUUACAUUUGCAAAUCUUCAGGCUAUAUAUACAAUUUGAGCCCCCUGCACUUCCACUUGUGUCUUGAUCAGGAACAUUGUGUCGAAGCAAAUACUCAGCAAGCAGAUAGAAUAUUAAUCUGCCUCUCUUCCUUACUCAUGCUGGAGAUGUGACCUGGUCUAAUUAUUAACACCGCCCGUAGGCUAGUUGAGACGCCAAGUUAAAGCAAUGUCUGCUUACACGGAUGUAACGGCCGAGAGAAGUUAGUAGUCCGUGUUUCGUAAACUUUCGUGGAUUAUUUUAGAACGCUGAGUAGUUCUGAGUAAUCCGGUCACACAUUUCCGAGUCUCUAUGGUUGGUGCUCACGAAAUAGCAUUUUAUGCGGUCUGCACUGUGAAAGCUCACGUGGAAAGAUCUCCACUGUGUUGGCAUGAUGCAGACUGUCCUGAAAUAUCCCCACAAAAAGGCAGCAAUUUAACUUGGGCUAUCACCGCAGGCACAGAGCAGCGUACUGAAUUAUGUUCUCCAGAACCUGCACGAUAGCUCAGACCGCAGUAAUCAUUAACAGGCUGUGAGGUCUUUCAGUUGACUAUGUAAAUAUAACUUCGGCCAUCAAAGAUUGGACCUUAGGCCAGGUGAUGGGAUGGAUCCAAAGAAUAUAUUUGUUCUGAAUGAUGGGUAAAUUUGAAACAUUUGUUCAUAAGCUGAUAAGAAAUCCAGUGAAUGUGUUUUUAGCCAAUAUGGCAUGAUCAUGGUAUAAACUUGCUCAAUAUAUUGGGGAACCCUUUAUUCGCCCAGCCUGUGUAUUCCAUUAGUAAUAACUGCUCAUUUAAAGAUAAAUUUAAUUCCGGCUGGAAGGUUUUCUAUUUAUUUUUUCAAAAAGAACAUUUUGUUCAGAUGUUUAAGAAAGAACUGCGGAUGCUGGAAAAAUCGACAAAAAUGCUGGAGCAACUCAACGGGUGAGGCAGCAUCAAUGGAGUGAAGGAAUAGGUGACGUUUCGGGUCGAGACCCUUCUGGAAACUCAGCGGGUGAGGCAGCAUCUAUGGAGCGAAGGAAUAGGUGACGUUUCGGGCCGAGACCCGGAAGGGUCUCGACCCGAAACGUCACCUAUUCCUUCGCUCCAUAGAUGUUGCCUCACCCGCUGAGUUUCUCCAGCAUUUUUGUCUACCUUUUGUUCAGAUGUAUAAUGUGAAAAUUUGUUUGCACUAAUUUCAUGUAUUCUCCUUGCCCUUUUCCCACCCAGCUGAGAACAGUUGACACUAGCCACUGUGCAAUCUGUGCAUGUUUGCAACUACGAGUGGGGAUGAAGCCAAAUGCUAAGAGUUACAUUCAUACAAAGUGUUUCUUUUGCACAUUUCCCACCAAGGUGAGGCCGGGGGAUUGUUCUCGAGUUUUUGUCCCCUUUCCAUGACCUGCUGAGUUCCACCAUUCUCUGGCUGUGGCCUUAGACAAUAGACAAGAGGUGCAGGAGUAGGCCAUUCGGCCCUUCGAGCCAGCACCGCCAUUCAAUGUGAUCAUGGCUGAUCAUCCCCAAUCAGUACCCCGUUCCUGCCUUCUCCCCGUUCCGGCCUUGUCAGGAGAGGGCUUGUUGCUGGGACAAACCUUUCCAGAUUCGCCAAUGAAAUAUCGGGUAUCAUGCACAGUAAGGUUGGGAUAUUUGGGAUGAAAUGAGCCAUUGAUUGACGUAGAGAGUCAAUGCUUCAAUCCAGGGUGAAGUGACCCACAAAACUCCGAUAUAUUUUGAACACUCCUUUGAGACCUGUUAGCCCAAUAGCUCUAACACCCUUUGGCACUGAUUAAUUUGAAAGCCUGAAGAACAAUAUUGCACAUUGCCGAUGUGGUCACAGUUCAUUGUCUAACCAUGUAGAACCUGCCAGCGUGUCCCAAACAACAGGUGAAGUUAUGGGUGCAAAACAUGAAUUUCUAGCCCCUACCAGAUUGAUUUUGAUUCAUUGAUGUCAUUUAAUUUCUUGUAUAAUGUGACCCAUUGUCAGUCUGUCUUGAGAGGUGAUCUUGGGUUUAAAAACAAGGAAUUCCCCACCUUCCCUGUCAGCUCGGAGAUGUCUGCAUGUCACGUACAGAUGUAACUGCAUGCAGAAGCAUGUUAUUUUCAUAUUGGCGCAGUGUAUUUUAAACCUUGCCUCAAGGUGUCCAUACGUGUGACUGAAAACACUUUACAAGUAGGCUUAGAGAGCCUGUAACUAUAUGAAGUGAUGGUGUGCAUGGAAAAUCACCCUCAAAUAUGAAUAUAUGUUCCAGGGAUAGAAUUUAACAAUGUGGUUUCUAAAUUCUUUAAAAAUGCACAACGAACAAUGAAUAAUGUUGCUUGUUCAGAACUGUAAUCACUGGUGAAAUGAAGUUAACAAAUCCUACUGCCACACGGCAUCGCCCAACACCGUGACAUGGGGUGGUGGUGGGGGG